AGCUAGGACCACAAAAAUAGCGCUGUAAUCUAGUAGUGACAUCCUUCUGGACCAGCACACCGCUUGAUCCGAGGAAACGGUACAACCAUGUCCCAUCUUCUCCAGAUGUAGAAGGUCUCUUAGGGGCUAGUCGAGGAGAAUUCGUGGGACGAAACUCGAGCGCGGUUAUCGCGACAUGCCUUUUCACUUUCCUAAAAAGGCAUAGACCUCAUUUCUAGAAGGCCUGAGUAGCAAAUGGGGAGUUGGUGGAGGCUGGAGACGAGUUCGAAGCGAAUGGGCUCGAGCAUGUGUUCCACGUUGCUUCGGCAAGCCAGACACCGGUUGACCUGCCGUGUCGGUUGGAGAAGCUCAACCCCACCUACGGUUCGCGGAAAGGUCGUUGCGAUAAGCACGUGGGGGAGCACACCACAUGCGCUCCGCAGAGCACGGGCUUGUCCACAUGAACAGGUGCCCUGGCAUAGACAUGAGCUUCGAGGAAUCCUGUUGGCUCUUCGAGUCUCUCGCGCGGCAAGCAGGAAAAAGGAACACGGCACAACUCGGACAACAGCAUCUUUCGAGAUAGGGAGGUACUCGUGGUCGGCCACACAUCGGUGCGAUUCUCCAAGCCAGUCGCAUCGGCUGCUAAGGAGCUGCGCCCAACUCCGGGAGUCGUUUUCCCUCGGUGCCCGGAAAUUCCUUCUAAACAUCAUCAUCUGCCUGGCGUUGGUCUUUCCUCAGGGAACGAAAUUGCGGACCCACGCAGCCUUCUCGCCGGGCUGUCCCGAGCCCAAGAGUACGGGAAAGAAUUGCUUUUCUAGUCGUGUGGGAGCACCCACUUGGGAAAUAGACGAUGCUCGGCGCUCCAAAGCCACGCGACAAAACGAGGGCGGGUGUCCGAGGCUAUGGGUUGGGGACCUUGGUGCGAUUCACAUAGCGCGUCGGAAGCCCUCCCGCCUGCCGAAAUGACUUGACCACUGCGGAAUUGACUCCGUUUGCUGUCGGUUCAUGGGAUAGCAUCCGAAAACUGAGUCGCGCACAUUGACGGGGCAUGGAUAGACUAGGGCGGAAGCCAGCAGCAAGUUCCCCCCGUUCGCUAGAGAGUCAGAACGCGGGCGUCGACGACGUGAACGGAAAGAUCUCAUCUC